AUGGCUUUUCCCUUACAUAUUCGUUCCCAGCAAGAUGCUCUUGCCCUAGCGCUGUUCCUGGCUCCAACUCUGUUCAAGGGAGUAGGAUUCUGGCAACUUGCAUGCGGUCUUCUGCUCUCCUACUCGGUGUACCUUAUGGAUUCUUCCCAGUACGAACCCCACUGCAGAUACAACUCGAAGGUGUUCGAAUAUUGCCGCUCUUCCUAUACCAAGAUGCUCAAGAGGUUUGCCGAUAAUGUUGCCCUCGUGUACGAAGAUGAGAGCGCACUCAAGCAGUGUGCGCAAGUGAUCUAUUCGAUACACCCUCACGGUGUCAUGUCCUUCUGCCAUCCAUAUCUAUUUUUCAACUGUCCCCAUGCAACCUGUGGCCUGAGCGCUUCAGCCUGUUUCAAGUGUCCACUUAUGAGGGAACUCUGGCUUGCACUCGGUGUCAUUGACGCUGGACGUGCUACAUGCAUGAGAGCCUUGCAGCAAGGGUACAGUCUCACUCUAGUGCUUGGUGGUACGAAGGAACAGUUGAUACCCUACUCGCCUACUCAUGAUACUAUUGUAUGCAAGUCUAGGAGAGGCUUCAUCUACUUGGCUAGGGAUGCUGGCAAGAUACCCAUCGUGCCAUGCUAUUGCUUUGGGGAGCAAAUCACGUAUGAGACAAGUGACUUCAUGCUUCCUCUCCGUCAGUGGCUGCAGCAUAACCUCGGCUUGGGCAUGCCGCUCCCUAAGUCGCUUCGUCCGAAGCAUUUGAAGGAUUUCGUAGUCGUUGUUGGCGCCCCUUUAACAUGGGGAGAAGAUGACACUGUGGAAACCAUGCAUGCUAAGUAUGUCUCGGCGGUUCGUGAUCUCUUCUACAAGAAUCGUGAGAGAUACCCAGACUACGCUAAAAGAGAGCUUGUCAUUCAGUGA